UCCGCCGUCCCCCUCUCUCUCCUCACCACCACCAUAUACUACCUACAUCCCAUCCUCCUCUUUCCACACUUCUUUCAUUCACUCACUCACUCAUCCAUCCUCCUUCUUCUUCUUCUUCUUCUCCUCCUCCUCCUCGUCCUCCUCGUCGUCCUCCUCAGUCUGGCACUCCUCCCACCUAACCCCCCACCGCCAUGUCCGACUCUACUACCACCAAAAAUGACUUCCUCCACAAGCCCGCCGUCCGCGCUGCACUCCCCUUCGUCAACGGCGGCAUCUCCGGAAUGGUUGCAACCACCGUCAUCCAGCCCGUCGACAUGAUCAAGGUCCGCAUUCAGCUCGCAGGUGAGGGUACCGCAGGUGGGCCCAAGCCCACCGCCAUCGGCGUCACUCGCCAGCUCCUCGCUUCCGGCAAGUUCCUCGACCUCUACACUGGUCUCUCCGCCGGUCUCCUCCGCCAGGCCAUCUACACCACCGCCCGUCUCGGCAUCUUUGACACUUUUAUGAAGACCCUCAACGCCCAGGCAACGGAAAAGGGCACCUCGGUCGGUUUCGCAGAGCGUGCAGGUGCCGGUCUUGCUGCUGGUGGUCUCGCCGCUUUUGUCGGAAACCCCUGUGACCUCGCCCUCAUCCGCAUGCAGUCUGAUGGCCUCAAGCCCCCAGCCGAGCGUGCAAACUACAAGAGCGUCAUUGACGCCCUCGUCCGCAUCACCAAAAACGAGGGCGUCACCGCUCUCUGGUCCGGCUGCUUCCCCACCGUCGUCCGUGCCAUGGCCCUCAACUUUGGUCAGCUCGCCUUCUUCUCUGAAGCCAAGGCUCAGCUCAAGGAGCGCACCGACUGGUCGGUCAAGACCCAGACCCUCGCCGCUUCUGCCGCCGCCGGAUUCUUCGCUUCGUUCUUCUCUCUCCCCUUUGACUUUGUCAAGACGCGUCUCCAGAAGCAGACCAAGGGUCCCCAGGGCCAGCUGCAGUACACUGGCAUGUUUGACUGCUUCCGCAAGGUCGCGGCCCAGGAGGGCAUUACGCGCUUUUACCGUGGCUUUGGAACCUACUAUGUGCGCAUUGCGCCCCAUGCCAUGGUCACCCUCCUCGUGGCCGACUACCUCGGGUUUAUCACCAAGUAGACCCCCAUGUAAUUCACGUUGUAGCACUGAUAGAAUGGCGCGGCCAGGUGGCCGCCUGUGUAGUCUGGCAGCUGGGCUUGGCUCCGUCUGUAGACGAGAUGAUGGAGCCUAUGUGCAUGAGCA